GACAAUAAAAGAGGGGUGGUGACAUCGAUAACUUCGGUGCCCGUCACCAUUGAGAGACAGCCUUUUAUGCAGCAAAAGGAUGACGGGACGUUGCUCUCUCCUGGGACGCCUCGCGCCAAUAUCGCUCCCUCUCUAGAAGAACCAAGCGGUACAGUGGAUGACGAAUGGGCUGCCCGUCAUCAGCAUCAAACUGUUUUGCAACAACACUGCGACUUCUUCGACGUGGAUCGAGAUGGAAUCAUAUGGCCUCGUGACACAUUUGUAGGGUUCCAUAAACUUGGUUUUGGGAUCCUCCUAUCUCUAUUAGCAGUCUUCAUUAUCCACGCGAACUUUUCGUACCCAACAUUGCCCGCCUGGAUUCCAGACCCCUUUUUUCGCAUCUACGUUGUCAAUAUCCAUAAAGCAAAACAUGGUAGCGAUAGCGGUAGCUACGAUACAGAAGGAAGAUUUGUCCCUCAGAGGUUUGAAGAUAUAUUCUCUAAAUACGCUGAUGGAGAAGAUGGUCUCAGUAUCUGGAAUGUCUUGAAGCUCCUGAAGGGUCAGAGACUGAUAGCGGAUCCCAUAGGCUGGGGAGGCGCUUUCUUCGAAUGGUUGGCUACCUAUAUUAUGCUGUGGCCAGAGGAUGGACUGAUGAGAAAAGAGGAUAUUCGCCGGAUCUACGACGGUAGCAUUUUCUAUACAAUUGCGGCUCGGCGGGCGAAGAAUAAGCCAGCCUCGAGCGGUGAUAUUAGUCAUGACAGGAAACGC